AUGAAAACAGUUACUGCUGUCAUUUUGCUGCUGGUUCAAAUCUCAUACUGUUAUUCUCAGUCAGAAAACUUUCAGAUCUACAAUGCUAAAAGCAACAGAUGUCUAACUGACAAAUUGGAAUCGCUUGUCACCUGCAACACUGACUCUCUCGGUCAGAAGUUCCGCUGGACAUCCGAGCGACGCAUAUUCAACGUUCGCCUAAAAAAAUGUCUCGGUGUUGGGAGUAAGACCGAAGGUUCUAAAUUACAGUGGUACAUUUGUGACGGUAUGAGCGACCUCCAGAAGUGGGAAUGUGAACGUGACAAACUGUUCGGGCUGAAAAAUGAAUCUCUGUUCAUGUCCGUUAAUGAGAGAGGGUUUAUUUCACUGAGUCGGCAAGAUACCGGAGAAAAGAGUGAAUGGACAAUAUAUAGGACAAAGGACAACAUCUGCUCUAAGACAUAUGAAGAGAUAUACACAAUAGAAGGUAACGCGUUUGGACAGCCAUGCCAUUUCCCAUUCUUUUUUGAAAAUAAGUGGUACGCUGACUGCACAACAGAGGGAUCUACCAUUCAUCGUCUAUGGUGUGCAACUGAGAGAAACUACAAACCCAACCAACGCUGGGGUUAUUGUCCAACACCUGGAAGUAUAGAAUACUGGAAGACAAAUCCUCUGACAGGAAUACACUAUCAGAUCAAUCAUAAGUCUGCACUUACAUGGCAUCAGGCCAGAAAGAGCUGUCUUCAGCAAGGCGCAGAUUUAAUGAGUGUUGUAGAACCUCACGAGCACACCUUUGUAGCAGGACCCACUCAACCUUUAGAUGUGAAACUGUGGACUGGUCUAAAUAGUUUGGAUCUGUCAAGUGGUUGGCAGUGGAGCAAUGGGCAACCUUUCUGCUACCUAAAAUGGGCAGCAGGGCAGCCAAAGUCUGCACCUGGAGCGAACUGUGCAGUCUUGGGCAAAUUUGGCUGGCAAAGUGAAGUUUGCUCAAAGAGGCUUGGUUACAUCUGCCAGAAAGGCAACUCUUUAUCCACUGUUUCACCAGAGGUUCACAAGGGCUAUUGCAGCAGUCCUUGGAUCCCUUAUGCAGGACAUUGCUACUUCCUCUAUCGCGAGCAGAAGAAAACAUGGCUGGAGGCCAAAGCUGCUUGUCUUAAGGAUGAUGGAGACCUACUCAGCAUUCGCAACAUAGAAGAGCAAGAUUUCGUUAUUUCACAGCUUGGAUACAGGUCGACAGAUGAACUAUGGAUUGGCCUAAAUGACCGGAAGUCUCAGUUGCUGUUUCGCUGGAGUGAUGAGUCUGAUGUCACUUUUACCAUGUGGGACCUGAAGGAACCCAGCCACGGUGCUGGUCUAAAGAAGGACUGUGUCAUUAUUAGGGGGAAUGAGGGCAAGUGGGCAGACCAAGACUGUGAUAAGGUUUAUGGAUUUAUCUGUAAGAAAAAGGCACAUUCAAAUCCGUCCACUAAUGACACCGUGGUCUCAAACCCAGGCUGCAAACCUGGUUGGACUAGGGAUGGUUACUACUGCUACCUUGCUGGAUCAGAGACAGAAACCUUUGACAAAGCAAAACAAGCAUGUCAGAAAACCGGAUCUUACUUGGUUGAUGUACCCAACAGAGUGGAAAAUGCAUUCCUUGUCAGUCUCGUGGGUACACGACCAGAGAAAUAUUUUUGGAUAGGGCUAUCUAACCAAGAGGACCGCUACACUUUUAAGUGGACAAAUACAGAUGAAGUUAAAUUCACACACUUCAACACUGGAAUGCCAGGCCAGAGGCAAGGGUGUGUUGCCAUGACAACUGGAAGACUUGCUGGAUUAUGGGAUGUGCUGAGCUGCACUAACAAAGAGAAAUAUAUUUGUAAAUACCAAGCUGAGGGGGUGACAACAACAUCAGCUCCACCAACAAGUCCUGCUCCAGCCUGUGCUGAAGGCUGGGAGCCACUCAUAAAGAGGGACUUCUGUUUCAAGUUAUAUGAAGGUCAAGAUUCUCAUGAGAAGACUUGGUUUGAGGCUUUAGAUUACUGCAGAGCUGUUGGAGGUGACCUGCUAAGCAUCCACAGUACUUACGAUAGGCCUGUAGGAUAUGGCUUUGUUAGAUAUGAUGCAGCAUGGAUUGGCUCCAGUGCCCAGGAUCCUAAUGUUGGCUAUGUAUGGUCUGAUGGCACUUCAUCUUCACAUGAAAACUGGGCUCCUGGAGAACCAAACAAUAAAAACAAUAUGGAAUAUUGUGUUGAAGUAUACCUGGAUCCAUGGAAAUACUGGCAAUGGAAUGACAUUCAUUGUGAGAGCAAAAAACACUUGUGGGUGUGUGAGAUUCGAAAAGGGUUAACCCCCAAAAUACCACCUGAAGAUAACACACCAAAGUACAACGUUACUGAGGAUGGAUGGAUUGAAUUCAAAGGUAAUCAGUAUUGUUUAGGAGGCCAUCCACGUGUUGCCAUGGAAGACGCCCGUGCAUUCUGUAAUCAGAGACAUGCAGAUCUGGUGGUUAUCAAUGAUGAUGAAGAAAGGAUAUUCCUCUGGCAACAGUUGCAAAACUACGCGUCACCUUUCUAUAUUGGCUUGACAGUUGACCUAGAUUACUCCAUGCAGUGGAUGGAUGGAUCUCCAGUGGUGUUUCAGGCUUGGGAGGAAAAUGAGCCAGCCUUCAAAAACAACGAUGAAACCUGUGUUAAGAUGACACGCUCUCAGGGUGUUUGGGAGUUGUGCAACUGUGGUGAGAAAUAUAAUUUCAUCUGUAAACGAAGUGAGUCCCCCCAUCCAAACGCCACUCUAGCACCAACACAAGCCCCUAAAGGUGGUUGUGGCCCAGGAUGGAUGACGUUCCAGGGCAAGUGUUACAAGAUUGAGUUGGACCAGAAAACAUGGGGAGAGGCGAGAGAGAGCUGCCGAGACAUGGGAGGGAACUUAAUAUCCAUUGUCAAUGAGCAACAACAAGCAUUUUUGACCACAAAGCUGCUAGGAGUACAUACAGACCUGUGGAUUGGUUUUGCCGCUCGGACCUUUGGAAGAUGGCUCUGGACAGAUGGAAGUGCUGUGAAGUUUACGAACUGGGAUUUGGGAGAAAAAGCGAAAUUUUGGUGGCUAUGGGAGUAUGAGGGGGCACAUUGUGCCAUCAUGUUAAGCAGGAGGGACUUGGGAAUGGGCAAAUGGAAAUCUAGGAACUGUGAGGAAACCAACGGCUUUAUUUGCGGACGGCCUUUGGAUAAUUUAAUUGAGCCAGAAACAACAGCUAUACCCCAAAGUUUCAUCAAAUUUGGAAACGACUCUUUUAAACUGAUCCUCACGAACCAUAUGUGGAAGGAGGCCAGACAACUCUGUGAGAAAGAAGGAAGUCACCUGGCCAGUAUCCGUGACCACCUUGCACAAGCCUACAUUCAACUGCAGACACAUAAAAUGAAUGAGCCAGUGUGGAUUGGACUAAACAGCAUUGAGACAGAUGGUUACUUUCGUUGGAUUGAUAACUGGCAUCUGAACAUGGCCAAGUGGGGACCAGGUGAACCCAAACGCGACCACUCCUGUGUGUAUGUGGAUGUGGAUGGAACAUGGAGGACUGCUUUAUGUAAUCAAACCUAUCGUAGUGUGUGCAAAGUCUCAGCAGAUGUGGCCCCAACUGCACCACCCCAGUACCCUGGUCAGUGUCCUAAGGCAGAAGAGGAAGAUGACAUGACCUGGCUACCCUUCAGAGGACACUGUUAUGCAUUUUUGAACAAUGAACAGACAUGGUCCAGUGCUUCCAUACAAUGCAAGAUGCGGGGAGCAUCCCUGCUCAGUAUUGAAGACACAAUGGAGGAUGAUUUUCUAAAGAAAAACUUGGAGGUUUACCGUGAUAUAUCCGAAUUUUACUGGAUUGGACAUUACAAAACCCACAGAGAUCAGUGGCUUUGGCUGGAUGACACUGUGGUGGACUACACUAACUGGGCAGAGGGAAACCCUACAGAUAUGAAAUGCGCUUCAGUUUCUUCCAUAACCUCACAAUGGCAUUCUGAAUACUGUGAUGAGGUCCGACCAUUCAUCUGCAAAACAGCCAAAGACCCUGUUCCUGCUAAAGUGCGACGGAUCUAUGGCAGUGUGGUGGCUGUCUGUAUUUUUGCAGCGGUCAUACUUGCAGGGGUUGGCGUUUUUGUCUACUACAGAAAAUCCAAUGGUUUUGUUCCACCCACGUUUCAGAAUCCCUUGUAUUUUACCUCAAACAGCCGUUACCCAGAUGACAUUAACAAUGAUGACAAAAAAUUAGUCGACCACAUGGUCCCAGACCCCAGAGCCGUGUGCGAGUUGUUCAAGUGUUACGUGGGGUAUGUGGGGCAUCUGGUGAUGAGUGAAGGCGUUCAGGUAGAUCUUAAGGACCUAGAAGCGGUACUGUGUAUGAAGGAGAAGGAACCGAAGAAUGUGUGUGAGUUAGCCAACCUCCACUUUACCAUCAAAAACAGGACGCGCAAGGCAAAUAUCGAUGCAGACACCCUGUCAAGGUAUCCAGUGAAGCUCCAGGACCAUCUCAGGGAAUACACAGAGAGAAUGUCACCAGAUGUGAUAUCCGCUAUACGGCAGGGGGACAAAGCUAGGAGACAUGGGGAUGUGCCAUGGGCGGCAGCCCUCCUGAUGUGUUCCAGUGAUGAUGAUUUCUGCAAUCAAACUUAA